AUGUCAGAAGGAGCGCCGCAUGUCGACGACCCAUUCGUUGACCCGUCCAUCUACGAAACGCCAUCGGCACUUCAAGGCGAGGCGACGCUGUUUGUGUCCGAGGAUGCGUCGCUAACCCUCGGAGCCGAUGCGACGAUAAUCUUGGACGACCGCUUCGUGCAUAGAGAGGCCGCAAACUGCUGUGGACUACUGCCGACCAGGUCAAAGACAACCCAUUCCAUUCCUUAUUACAAUAUUCUUGACGCUUCUCUGGACGGCCUCGAGUUGACUAUUCAGCAUGCUCUGCCAACUUCGAAGAACUCAUGCCGCCCGUCAACCAUAUCUUACACGCUUAUCGAUAAAUCUUCCAUCACUGCGGCCAAAUCAUGGCUGAACAAACUCCUUGACCUCGCGUAUGGAAAUUCGCAGAGGCACAAGAGAAUCAAGGUCCUCAUCAACCCUUUUGGCGGUCAAGGAGCGGCGCAAAGGUUGUACACCAGCGAAGUUGAAGCCCUCUUUAGAGCUGCAGGCUGUGACAUUGAAGCACAACAAACAACACACUCCGGUCAUGCUAUCGAGCUUGCUCGCGACCUCAACGUGGAUGCCUACGAUGUCAUAGCAUGCGCCUCCGGAGACGGACUACCCCAUGAGGUCUUCAACGGCCUCGCCCAGCAAGCGAAACCAAGGCGUGCUCUGCGAAAGAUCGCUGUUGUUCAGCUCCCUUGUGGCUCGGGCAACGCCAUGUCUAUUAAUCUCAACGGCACCGACUCGCCAUCUUUCGCUGCUCUUGCUAUUGUGAAGGGUGUACGCACACCAUUGGAUCUUAUGGCCGUCACUCAAGGAGAGAACAUGUACUGGAGUUUCCUGAGCCAGGCAGUAGGCAUUAUCGCGGAUUGUGACCUUGGAACGGAAAACAUGAGAUGGAUGGGGAGUGCAAGAUUCACAGUAGGCAUCUUGAUCAGGCUAUUGGGAAAGACAGUAUACCCUGCCGAGCUCGCCGUCAAGGUUGAUAUCAGUGACAAGGAAGCCAUCAAGUCUGAGUACAGAAACGUUCGAAAGCAACGUGAGGAAGUAUCCGGUAAAAGAGAAUGGGAAGCACACCAAGAUCUGGAUGGCGACAAGGAUGAUUUACUUCCCACUCUUCGCUAUGGCUCCGUACUUCAGGAUAUACCUUCAGAUUGGGACAAGGCAUCCAUGCCUACGUUAGGCAACUUUUACUGUGGGAACAUGGCGUACAUGUCCAGCGACACGCCUUUCUUUGCAGCCGCUCUACCCUCGGACAAUCACAUGGACAUGGUCGACGUUGACGGCACGAUCCCUCGUCACAAAGCAAUUGAGAUGAUAACAGGGGUUGAGAAGAACAAAACGUUCGACAUGGAUGUUGUCAAUUAUCGCAAAGUCAGCGCAUAUCGUAUCAGCCCCAGGUUGAGAGCGGGUCAAAAGACCGGAUAUAUCAGCAUAGACGGAGAAAAGGUGCCAUUUGAGCCCUUCCAAGUAGAAGUCGUCGGCGGGCUAGGCACAGUACUGAGCCGCAACGGAGCCGUCUAUGAGUUCGAGGGACCAAAGUAG